CCCAGGCCGGCGGGGGGGGAGGGGACGUGCGGGGCCCGAGACCCCCGCCCCCCCCCACCCGGCCGCCCCGACGCCGCGCUCCGCGGGAAGAUGUCUUCGCGGACGGCGCUGGCCCCGGGCAACGAUCGGAACUCGGACACGCAUGGCACCUUGGGCAGCGGACGGUCUUCAGACAAAGGCCCGUCGUGGUCCAGCCGAUCCCUGGGCGCCCGCUGCCGGAACUCCAUCGCCUCCUGCCCCGAGGAGCAACCCCAUGUGGGCAACUACCGCCUGCUGAGAACCAUCGGGAAAGGCAACUUCGCCAAAGUCAAGCUGGCCCGGCACAUCCUCACCGGCCGGGAGGUCGCUAUCAAGAUCAUUGAUAAAACCCAGCUGAACCCCAGCAGCCUGCAGAAGCUGUUCCGAGAAGUCCGAAUCAUGAAGGGCCUAAACCAUCCCAACAUUGUGAAGCUCUUCGAGGUGAUCGAGACGGAGAAGACGCUCUACCUGGUGAUGGAGUACGCAAGUGCCGGUGAAGUGUUUGACUACCUCGUGUCCCAUGGCCGCAUGAAGGAGAAGGAAGCUCGAGCUAAAUUCCGACAGAUUGUAUCGGCUGUGCACUACUGUCACCAGAAAAACAUUGUACACAGGGAUCUGAAGGCCGAGAACCUCCUGCUGGACGCCGAGGCCAACAUCAAGAUCGCGGACUUCGGCUUCAGCAACGAGUUCACGCUGGGCUCGAAGCUGGACACCUUCUGCGGGAGCCCCCCGUACGCCGCCCCCGAGCUGUUCCAGGGCAAGAAGUACGACGGGCCCGAGGUGGACAUCUGGAGCCUCGGCGUCAUCCUGUACACCCUGGUCAGCGGCUCCCUGCCCUUCGACGGGCACAACCUCAAGGAGCUUCGGGAGCGCGUGCUCAGAGGCAAGUACCGCGUCCCCUUCUACAUGUCCACAGACUGUGAGAGCAUCCUGCGGAGGUUCUUGGUGCUGAACCCUGCUAAACGCUGCACCCUUGAGCAAAUCAUGAAAGACAAAUGGAUGAACAUUGGCUACGAGGGCGAGGAGCUGAAGCCAUACACGGAGCCCGAGGAGGACUUUGGGGACACCAAACGGAUUGAGGUGAUGGUGGGCAUGGGCUACACCCGGGAAGAAAUCAAAGAGGCCUUGACCAGCCAGAAGUACAAUGAAGUGACCGCCACCUACCUCCUGCUGGGCAGGAAGACUGAGGAGGGUGGGGACCGGGGUGCCCCUGGGCUGGCCCUGGCACGGGUGCGGGCGCCCAGCGAUACCACCAAUGGAACCAGCUCCAGCAAAAGCAGCAGCCACAGCAAGGGGCAGCGGAGCUCCUCAUCCACUUACCACCGCCAGCGCAGGCACAGCGACUUUUGCGGCCCAUCCCCUGCCCCCCUGCACCCUAAGCGCAGCCCGACCAGCACAGGGGAGGCAGAGCUGAAGGAGGAACGGCUGCCCGGCCGGAAGGCCAGCUGCAGUGCGGCAGGCAGUGGGAGCCGAGGGCUGCCCCCCUCCAGCCCCAUGGUCAGCAGUGCCCACAACCCCAACAAGGCCGAGAUCCCUGAGCGGCGGAAGGACAGCACGAGCACCCCUAACAACCUCCCCCCCAGCAUGAUGACCCGCAGGAACACCUACGUGUGCACUGAGCGCCCUGGGGCUGAGCGCCCGUCCCUGUUGCCAAAUGGCAAGGAAAACAGCUCGGGCACCCCACGGGUGCCCCCUGCCUCCCCCUCCAGUCACAGCCUGGCUCCUCCAUCUGGGGAACGGAGCCGCCUGGCACGGGGCUCCACCAUCCGUAGCACCUUCCAUGGCGGCCAGGUCCGGGACCGGCGGGCAGGGGGCGGGAGUGGCGGGGGUGUGCAGAACGGUCCUCCUGCCUCCCCCACGCUGGCCCACGAGGCUUCACCCCUGCCCUCUGGGCGACCGCGUCCCACCACCAACCUCUUUACCAAGCUGACCUCCAAACUGACCCGAAGGGUCACAGACGAACCUGAGAGAAUCGGGGGACCUGAGGUCACAAGUUGCCAUCUACCUUGGGAUCAAGCGGAAACCGCCCCCCGGCUGCUCCGAUUCCCCUGGAGUGUAAAGCUGACCAGCUCGCGCCCGCCCGAGGCCCUGAUGGCAGCUCUGCGCCAGGCCACGGCAGCCGCCCGCUGCCGCUGCCGCCAGCCGCAGCCCUUCCUGCUGGCCUGCCUGCACGGGGGUGCGGGCGGGCCCGAGCCCCUGUCCCACUUCGAGGUGGAGGUCUGCCAGCUGCCCCGGCCGGGCCUGCGGGGCGUUCUCUUCCGCCGGGUGGCGGGCACCGCCCUGGCCUUCCGCACCCUCGUCACUCGCAUCUCCAACGACCUCGAGCUCUGAGCCACCCCUCCUUGGCCUCUCCUUCACCCCCUUCCCUUCCCCAGGAGGGGCCGGGGCCGUGGGAGGGGGGCACCGCCCCCUUUGUCAUCACCUCGGUGUUGCUGGAUUCUACUGGGGAGCUCUGCUGGGGGCCACAUGGCCCGAGACAGGGAUGAGGGGCUCGUGGGGGAGCUGGCACCCCCUCCUGGAGCCUCCAGCCAGCUCUGUCCCUCCCUCGCCCAGCCAUGGGGCACUGAGGAGACUUUGGGGGUGGCAGGAAGGGAAAUUGAGGAAACUUCAUUGUUCCCAACAACUCAAAAAUGAGGCCUUGGGCAGGGGGGAAGCUGCUGAGCCUACUUAGGGACUGGGGAACUUGGGGGAGGGGCUGGGAGCAGGGGUCCUAGAGGCAGAUUCCCUCCCCUCCCCAGCCCUCAUGCUCGAACCCCCUUCCUGCCCCAGGCUGGCGUGGGCACUUUGUACAAACCCCUGUAAAUACCCCCUCCCUCUGCAGAGGUCUCGGGGAGCUGCCGCUGUCACCUCGGUUUUUAAGUUAUUAACCCCUCUCCUGUCAGCCCCUCACCUGCAGCCUGUCGCCCAAUAAACGUAGGAGAGUCCCCCCAA